AUGGCGUUCCUAUUCUCCUCCCCUUUCUCGCAACUUGCCUUCGACCCCGAAUUCACUCCAGACAGCGGACCGUCCCACUCUGACGCAUGUCCUUCCACAUCCUCUUCCUCCUCUUCCUUCUCUUCAUCUUCCUUCUCUUCCUCUUCCUUCUCUUCCUCUUCCUUCUCUUCUUCCUCUUCCUCUUCCUCCUUUGGUGUUGCUUCUUCGCCUCGGCCGAAUGCGGUUCAUCACCACGUAAACUUUCUCGUUCAAGGGGGCGUCUCGAGCGUCUUUUUCUCUCCUUCGCUCUCGCGUGCGUUGCUGCGAAACGCCGUGGCCAUCAGCCUCAAACACUCGCUGCGGCUCCACCCGGAGCUCAAGUGGGGCGCAUGCAAGAACUGCUGGACGCCGUACGUCCCGGGUGUCUCCUGCUGCGUGCGCCUUGAGACGCCCGGUCGCGCUGCCUGCCGAGAGAAGAGGAAAAGGGGAGAGUUGCGGAAGAGAAAGGCGCGGAGCAGAGAGGCGCGGAGCAGAAAGACGCCCGAGACAGACUGCGCGGAGGCUGCGGCGUGCGCCGACCGGGCGGUUUCGCAUCGAAGGCGAGACAGGGGCGUCUCGCAAAAGGAAGCUUUCACGGCGAGGAACGCUCAGAGAGGGCCCUGGCGAGGCGAGGCAGGCCUUGAAGGAAGUUCCGAGGGACACGCAACAGAAGCAGAGGCCGAAGACGAAAGCGAAACACCCGACAGAGAGACAGGCGGAUCUAACCCGCCGGAGACGCCGGUCGAGAAAAAACGGCGAAGUGUGCAUGCGGACCACGCGGAAGAAGGGAGCAGAGAAAAAGACGCUGCAUGCCUUGAAAAGGACCGAGAGAGUCAGAAGAGUCGCACGCGACGGAGCAUUCGACGCGCAGGCAUGACUCUGAGAAUUCGAAACCGAAACAGACGAGAGAGAGAGAGAACACAUCACCCAGACAACUCUGACACGACAGAUUCCUUCUCAGUCACUUCCCCUUCAUCUCCCUCUUUCCCUCCCUCUUUUUCUUCUCCUUCUGAUUCCUCUCUUUCUGCCUCCUCUUUUCCGCCUGCUGGGCUCGACUGCCAGUCUCGAGGUGUAGCGCCGGGUCGAGACCCGCGUGCGGCUUGGGCACGCGCGGAAAGCGCGCAGUUUCCUGCUCCGGAGGACCGGAGGAAGGUGACGGAAAGAAGCGACACGGCGCUGCCGGCGUUCGUCUUUGUCACCUGUCUCUCGUGCGGCGUCUCUCGCCGGCGCGGCGCCGUGGCGCAGACGCCCUUGGAGGAGGAAACUGCGGAGCGUUGA